GACCGGUUAGCGCCGGUCGCCCAGGCGAAGGGGGUGUGCGCGGGAAAGGCGGAGUCCGCCGGGGGAAGACCCCACCUCCGGAGAGAUGACAGAGCCAGUCAAGAGCGCGCAGCGCGGCUGCCGCUGCCUCAUACCCAGUCGGCGGUGUGCGCUCCGCUGCUGCGUCUCGGUCAGCCUCCCGCCGCCGCCGCCGCCGCCAUGCGAGAUUACGACGACAUCAUCGCCUUCCUGGGCGAGUGGGGCCCCUUCCAGCGCCUCAUCUUCUUCUUGCUCAGCGCCAGCAUCAUCCCCAACGGCUUCAACGGCAUGUCCGCCGUCUUCUUGGCCGGCACCCCCGAGCACCGGUGCCGGGUGCCGGCCAGCGCCAACCUGAGCCGCGAGUGGCUCAACGCCAGCAUCCCGCUGGAAGAGCGCGAUGGGCGGCUGGUCCCGCAGCGCUGCCGCCGCUACAGCCUGGAGGCCCUGGCCAACUUCUCCGCCCGCAACCUGGUGCCCGGGCGAGACGUCAACCUCAGCCAGGUGGAGCAGGAGAAGUGCCUGGACGGCUGGGAGUACAGCCGAGAUCCCUACCUCUCCACCAUCGUCAGCGAGUGGAAUCUGGUGUGUGAUGAUGACUGGAAAACCCCCUUAACUACAUCUUUGUUCUUUGUGGGUGUGCUGCUUGGAUCCUUUGUAUCAGGACAACUCUCAGACAGGUUUGGCAGAAAGUCUGUUCUAUUUGCAACCAUGGGUGUGCAGACAGGUUUCAGCUUCCUGCAGAUCUUCUCAACCAGCUGGGAAAUGUUCACAGUUCUUUUUGUUCUAGUUGGCAUGGGACAGAUUUCAAACUACGUUGUGGCCUUCAUAUUAGGCACAGAAAUUCUUGGCAAAUCAGUUCGUAUUAUAUUCUCUACAUUAGGAGUUUGCAUAUUUUUUGCAAUUGGCUACAUGUUGCUGCCACUAUUUGCUUACUUCAUCAGAGAAUGGCGGAUGCUGCUACUGGCUCUUACUGUACCUGGGGUUUGCUGCGUUCCACUGUGGUGGCUCAUUCCUGAGUCUCCCCGGUGGUUGAUCUCUCAAGGAAGAUUUGAAGAAGCUGAAGUUAUUAUUCGCAAGGCUGCCAAAAUGAAUGGUGUUCCAGCCCCAGCAAUACUUCUAGACCCUGUGGAGAAACAAGAUAUGCAGGCCAAGCAGCAGAAAGGAUUGCUUCUGGAUUUGUUCAGAACCCGAAAUAUUGCAACUAUCACUGUCUUUUCUCUUCUCUUGUGGAUGUUUACAUCUAUUGGCUACUUUGGCUUGUCACUCAACACCCCCAAUCUACAUGGAGAUGCCUACCUCAAUUGUUUCCUGUCAGCAGUAAUUGAGGUUCCAGCCUAUGUGAUUGCUUGGCUUCUGCUCCGAAACUUACCUCGGCGUUAUUCAAUAGCUGGCACCCUUUUCUUGGGUGGAGGAGUUAUUCUGUUCAUUCAACUGGUACCUCCAAACCUCAACAUCCUGUCUGUUAUCUUGGUGAUGUUGGGAAAAUUUGGCAUCACGUCUGCCUUCUCUAUGCUUUAUGUUUACACUGCAGAGCUCUAUCCAACCAUAGUAAGAAACAUGGCAGUAGGUGCCACCUCCAUGUCAUCCCGUGUGGGCAGCAUCAUUGCUCCUUACUUUGUUUACCUUGGUGCCUAUGAUAGAUUUCUACCUUAUAUCGUCAUGGGCAGUCUGACUGUGCUGAUAGGGAUUCUCACCCUGUUCCUCCCGGAGAGUUAUGGGAAUCCUCUUCCAGAGACGUUUGAAGAGAUGCUGCGAGUUAAAGGAUUCAGAAACAGAAAACACACCUACAAAAUAGGGAGUUCAAAGCAGAGUGAACUGAACUCCAGGAAUAUGAGAGCAUCGUUAUGAUCAUAUAUCUUUGCCUUUCACUAAAAUGAACAACCAGGACAGGACUUGUUAAAUUGCAACUAUGAAGAUAAAUGGAAAAAUUAUUUACCAUACUAGGCAGCAGUUGUCCUAAUUAUCUCAUGUUUCAGAACACUGGUGUACCAAAUGUGUGGGUUUUUAUGCUAAGUCAUUGUCAGCAUGUAUAAAGCUCCUCCAUCAUUUUUUAAUUUUUUUUGUGCCUUGGUUGUGGGGUUUGUUUGUUUUGUGAAGCCUUGAGCACUUUUUUUCAUCUCCUUGGGAUUUAUGUAGUACUGUAUGUACAUUUUAAGAGCAGGCCAUCAAUGAUUGUUGGAAGAAGUAGAGAUAAUUACUGUAGAAUCUUCAGUUGUAGUUGUUGGCGCAUCAAGCUGCCUUGAAUCCCAUAUUUCACUUUCAAAAUGCCCUUAAAUAGCUGGGUAGAUUGUUUUAAGGAAUAAAUGGUCCUGAAAUUAAUGAAGCUGUUACCAGAAAGUACUUUGAGAACCAAGCUUCAUUUUCUUACACUAAUUGGAAAAUCUUGAAAAGGAACAAAAUUUUAGUAGACAACACUUUAUCCUCAAUAAAUCAUAGAUGUACAAUUUAAAGCCAUUUUUGAAAAUAGCAGCAUUCUCUUUAGAGUCUAUGUCAUUGUCAGGAGUAAACCUGGACCAUAUUUCCUUUCAUCUACCAUCCCAGAUGACAUAUCUGGAAUUCCACAUCCUUAAAAGCAGCUGUCAUUCACCAAGAGGUACCUUGCUCUUCAUCCUGAUAAUUUUUUCUAAACAAUGUUCACUAAUUGAUCAUUUGGGUUUCUUUCUCUUUCACUCUCACCAAUUCCCCUCUUGCCCCUUAAAUCCUACUAAUUGUGGCUGAGAAACGUGUGUUCAUCAAACUAUAAAGGUUUGUACAGAAAGCAGUACUGUAUAUCAAAGUACUUGCGAGUUUUAUUCACUUCAAUGAUGCCCAGGCUGGGCAGUGUUUCUGGAAACUGGGCCUUGCAAAAAACAUUUGACAGUGCAACCAUGGCUGCAAACCUAUAUACAUUUGUUUGAGAGCAAGGCCAGUUGAACCCAUUGGGACUUAUUUCAGGAUAUAUAUAGGCUUCAACUGAAAGCUUGCAAGUUGCAUUUCCUGUUGUUAUGCCAAACACUCUUAUUCCUCCUAAGUACCUAGCAAAUAAAAGUUAGUUCAAAAUAAUUGCUAAAUUAAAUUUUCUGUAGCAGAUAAAAUUAUUGGAACUGGAUACAAACAGACAUUUACAGAGAGGCUGUGGUUUUCCUGGGACCAAUACUACUGCAAACCAGAUAUUAGGUUGCACUUGUGCCAUUCUGCCACAGGAAUCCAUUGUGAAGCUGGAAUCUUCUAACUUUUUAUAUUAUGCACACUGUAAAUUUCUAUAUUUAGGACAAACUAGAAGAAGUAUUUAAGUAAGGGAAGACUUCAUUACCUAAAACACGUUUUGUUGUUUCCUUGUGAGAUUUUGUGUACAAUUUCUGCUGAGAAAUGAAUAUUUGUGAGAUAGCUAACAAGUCAGGUAUUGAUUGGCAUUGACAUUUGUGCCAAGUAAAGUUCAUGUAUAGAUGGCAAUUACCCACUUAACAGUGAAAUUAUCUGCUUGGAAUAUUAGAUAAUCUCCUGGUUUGUUGCCUCAGAAUGAGAGUUGAAUGACAAUUUCCUGGUGCAGAUUUUGAUGACCUAGCUAACAGGACCAGGAACAGGACCAGUGGUCGGGGAAGAUGGGAAUUGUAGUCCAAAACAUCCGGAGGGCUGAAGUUUGGGGGUGCCUGGCCUAUACCAUUGAUACACCAUUGUGCCAGAACAAGGUACUCCUUUAUUUUCUGUGCAUUAUGUAUGUGUAUCAUAGAUGGUAUUUUAAAAAAUUGUUAAGGGGUGUGGUUUUUUUGUUGGUUGGUUUUUUUGUUGUUGUUGUUGUUUUUUGCCACAAAACAUAACCCUAGCCCAAUGUGUAGCAUGGCUUGGUUGUCUUGGUUGCUGGUAAGGUUGCCAGUUUCUGAGCCAGAGACUGCAGUUGUUGCUUCUUUAUGUAAAUAUUUGGCAACAUGGUUUCAUGCUCUUGCUCUUCAGCAGAACUACUCUUCUGCUUUAUUGAAAGGAAGACCCUUCACUUUUUUGCUCCACAACAAACAGGCAAAUUAAUCUCGUGCUCUGGCCACCAAUUCCAAACACAGUCUUUCUGAUUAGGGUUUUUUAUAUGGAACUCUUGAUCCUAAUAGAUUUCUCAGCACACUCUUAACAUCUGCAAAGGAUAAAAUUGUUUACAUAAUCUAUUGCAGUUUAGCAAUAUGUACCAUGGCAUCUGUUUAUGUAUAUAUUUUAUACAAAAAUAAUGGAUUCUUAUCCUGUUUUACACUGUUGUAACUGUCACUAUUUCUAAUAUAUACACUUUAAUAUCUCUAUAUAUAUUGUGGUAUUUUUGUGGAAGACUUUGUUUUGCCAGUUAACAAUUUAAAGUUCUCUCAAUUUUUAAUUGGGCAAAUUCCAAUGUAGCUCCUUAGGCAGUGCUUUAAAAAAAUCUUUUGGAAUCUUAAAACAUGAAGCUGCACUUUCUAGAGGAUUGUGAUGUGAUGUAAAAUAAAGGCCUUUUAAAGGGGACCAGUUCUGUAAAGAUUCAUCCAAUAUUGCUUGAUUUGACUAAAAGUUCUUGGGGUUGUUGUUGUUGUUUAGUCGUUUAGUCAUGUCCGACUCUUCGUGACCCCAUGGACCAUUGGGACCAUGGUCUUGGGGUAUAUUUGCCUUUUAAAGUAUGGGUGAUGGUUUCAUAGAUAAUGAGAUCAGUUAUGUUACUAAAAGCUGUGACUGUAAGGCUCUGGUUGCUGCCAUGCAACACGGCUUCUGGUCUGAAGAGAUCUUAUUUAGUAACUACAUACAGUAUGUGGUUAAAGAAACCCACCAUAAUAUUUCUAUGUGCUUUGCUAUAAAAACUAGGGGCUUGGGGACUGGAAUGGAUUUUUAUACUCUUUACAGUAUUGAUCCUAGAAAGAGUUGCUUGAUUCUUGUGGAGCAUUUACAAGGAAAAUGUACAUUCUCUGCCAAAUGAUUCCUCUCAGGGAUUUGCCAGGUGGUGUCUGCAGUAGUCCAAAGAUUGUGAAAGAAAGAAGGAUCAAGAUGGAGAGAUUUCUGUUGUUGGCACCUUAAUUUUUUUUCUUAUUUUUUUCUUUCUUACUGUAAAUUUUCCAGGUGGUGCUGGCAAAAGCUUUAAUUUACUUUUGUGGGACUAUUCUUUUUAUUAUAGGGCUGUACAACUUCGACCCACUUAGCAAAACACAGCCAACCAGCAGCUUAAUCUGCCUGUUUUUGCUGCCUGCCUGGGAUGGCACAAACUAUAAAGAUACCAGGCUCCUAGUAGGCUGUGUAUGGCUCUGCGGUCAGAUUUAAGCUGUGCAGGCCUGUUCAGAUGCAAUCUUUGUAAAGUGCCUGCUGGUCAGGUUGGGCCCAAGAUAGUUCUUUAUUAGAAGGGAGAAAUGUUUGCUCAGUCUUUCUACUAACCUGAAUUGAAGUCUCCCUUUCCUUAGACCUCACCUAGCUGCUACCUAUCUGAGAUGCCCCUCUCCUUUCCAUGUUAUAUCUGAAUAAUGUACACUUUGUUUAAAUCUACAAAUGUUUUGUGUGUGGUUUUUAAAAUAUGCUAUGCAUCACCAUGUAGCAGUUGCCUCUUUCUUUUUCCAUAUUGGCAGGAAAAAAAGAAAUACAAUUGCACUGACCAGUUUUCUCUAGGUAUAAAAAUACAUUUCUCUUUCCAAGAUAUGGUUGCAGGACCAAAACAAAACAAAACAGAAACACUGUGUAAAUACUCAGAUAUUGUGUUGAGUAAGUUGAGUAAAUGAGAGAGACAAACAAACCAGUACAAAUGUCCUCACCUGAAAAUGGAAGAACUGUUAUGAAUUUGCACUGAAUAAUAUAGAUACACCUGUCAGUAUGAAGCAUUACUCUAAUUGGUUCUAGUAAAGGCACUGCAGUUACUGUUCCACCAUGUUCUCAACCUUUGUUGCAUGUUCUUUGGUAAAAUAAAUAAAUAAAUAAAUAAAGCCAGAAAA